AUGGUCUCGCACGAAGGCACGAGCGGCACCAGCGGAGCCAACAGCUCCACCGUGAACGUAUUCGUCACCGGCCAGCCAGGCAUCGGGAAAACUUCGUUGGUGCUGAAGGUGGCGAAGCGCUUACCGCAGCAUCUAGUAGCGGGGUUCUACACCGUUGAGGCCAAGGCGGAGGGCACGGGGGAACGACUCGGGCUGGAUGUCAUCACUUUCGCGGGCGAGCGCGCGCCUCUAUGCAGAUUACGAAGAGGCUGCGGACCCAAGAUCGGCAAGUACUACGUGGCAAUAGACGAGUUCGAGCGGGUAGUGUUGCCGCACCUCAUGCCGUCAGAUACAACGCGCCUGCACAUCGUGGACGAGAUCGGGCGCAUGGAGCUCUGCAGUGACAAGUUCAGAGACGCUGUACUCAACCUGCUCGCCUCUCCCGUUGCUGUGUUUGGCGCCCUGCCCGCCCCUCGUUAUGGUCACACAUUGGAGCUAGUAGAGGAAAUCAAGCAGCGCGCCGACACAGCCGUGCUCACGCUCACGAAAGCAAAUAGGGACGCCACAGCAGUGCAGAUAGAGGAGCUGCUCACACGGCUCAUCCAGGAGGGGGAAAAGGGGGCGGGGGGGGCGCUAGGGGAAGAGGGGGAGGGGGACGGGGGAGUGGGGGGAGUGGGUGGGUUGGGGGGAGAUGGUGGGGGGAAUGAGGGCGAGGGGGAGAGCAACAUAGGAGUGGGUGGUGGGGGUCUAGGGUACGGAGGGGUGAGGGGAGCAGGAACUGGUGCAGCGAAUGCCGUUCCGGCAGCGGCAGCAGGUUUGGAGACCGGAGCGGCAGGUCCGGCGUUGAUAAGCGGAGGUUCGGGAGCGGGGAUGAAUCAUGUGCUAGCUGCAGUGCAAGCCCAUGUGGCCAAUGCGGACCUCUUUGAUGGGUCUCAUACUGUUCAUGGGUAG